ACUUGAGGUAAUAACAUUCCUACUUCUUCAAAUUCUUUUAUACUGAACACGGCAUAACCUGCAGCAUGCUCAUAUAAAACAUGGCAGGUCAAUCGCCAGGAAGUUAUCUAUCGACGUUAAUAUCGAUUGAUAAUCCUAUCGAUUGUACGAUCGAGUGAUCGAUUAAAAAUUUAUUUUGAUGUGAUUUAAAUGUUAACAAGGAUUUUUUUCAUAUGGGAACCCAAUUAAACGAAUCCUACAUUAUGACACGUAAUAAAUUUAAAAUUCGUAAGAUAAUUACUGUCACGGAAAAUUUAUUUAACGAAUCAAAAAUAAAUCCUGUCAAAUCUGAUCCGGAUGCAUCGUUGGAAGUAGGAAAAAACGAGGAAUUAAAUCUCGGUGUAAAAAAAUAUCAUUCAACUGUUCUUCGUCGGCGCAGGAAGUUAAGAAAAAUCAAGGAAUCAAAUCUAGGUGUAAGAAAAUGUCAAUCCACUGUUGUUCGUCGGCGCAGAAGAGUGGGAAGAACAAAGGAAUCAAAUCUUUGUGUAAGAAAAUGUCAUUCUACUGUCGUUGUUCCUCGGCGUAAAAUAUUGAAAAAAAGUAACAACAAUGAGGCAUUAAAAAUACCAAAAAUACCUGCAAAAAUUCUUCGAAUAAUAAAUAUUUUACGGCACGAAGAAUUUUUGGAUAUGGUUUCACGUUAUCUUCAAUCAUCGAUUGUAAAACAAUUGAAAAAAAUGAAAUAUUCGGAAACCAUAUCGCCAAUAAAUUCUACAAUUUCUAAAGCGAAUAUGUAAGAAAAUGUUUUACGAGAAGAUAAUACACACACACACAUAUAUAUAUAUAUUAUAACA